AUGGUGCAGCUCGUGUACGAGAUCCUCCCAGCUGAUAAGAAGCUGAGUUUCUUUGAACUUGUGUCCAGUUUCUCGUCGUCCCGAGGGUGCUCGGAAGGUUCCGAAAAGUCCAAAGUGAAUGUUGGGAUCGACCACAAACGUCGCAAUGGCGACACGGCGCUACGAAUUGCGUGUGAACGAGGACAAGUGAAGACAGUGGAGGCGCUUCUGAACAAUCUGAAUAAUGACAUUAACGUUAUAGACAAGGAUGAGUGGACCCCAUUAAUGAGUGCGUGUUGGAAAGGUCAUGUCGGCGUCGUGGAUGUGCUUCUGUCAAAGGGGGCAGAUGUGAACAAACAGCCUUUGGAUGGAGUCAGUGCGCUUCAUCUUGCUUGUGAGUUUGGAGACAUUACCGUCGUCCAACUGCUUCCCGACCAUGGUGUCAACCAACAGCGUCUGGACGGAGGAACAGCGCUCCUAUUUGCGAGUGCUCGUGGCCAUUUGGAGGUCGUCAAGCAGCUUGAUGACCACGGAGCUUCGAUCAACAAGGCGGAUGACAGUGGUGACACAGCUCUGAUCUGUGCUGCUGCGAGUGGACAUGGCAAAGUGGUGACGUUCUUGAUAGAACGUGGAGCAGAAGGAGCAAAUGUCAACGAGAAGCUACCGAACGGCUUCUCCACUCUCCAUAUCGCAUGUGAGAACAGCACGUUCGCUGUCGUGAAGACGCUAGUGGAAUAUGGAGCGUGUAUUGACGUAGAGGACGAGGAUGGCGACACGCCGUUAAUCACUGCGGCGGGACACGGUAUUGUCGAAAUUGUCGAGUUUUUAUUCGAGCACGGAGCGGGAAUCUCGGCCGAUUCGGUCAAUAUCUCCGUGGAUUUGAUGGACGAAGACGGCGAUACAGCGCUGAUCCUUGCUGCUGGAAAUGGCUACAUUGACUGUGUUAAGCAGCUGCUUGAUAAAGGAGCGAGCAUCGAGUUCACGAAUAGCAGAGGGUGGACGCCGCUUCUCAGUGCUGCAGGGGAAGGCCAUGUGGAUAUAGUCACCUUGCUUGUGGAGACAGGGGCCGAUAUCAACGCACAAUGUCCACAUGGCACUUCAGCAUUGCUCAUAGCGUCGGAACAUGGGUACGAAGAUACUGUGAUGCUACUUCUGGAGCGUGGGGUAUUCAUCGAUGCAGUCGACGGAGACGGGGACAAUGCACUGCUACUGGCAGCCGAAUCGGGGCUUGAUGGCGUAGUGAGGACUUUGAUCUAG